UGUAGCUUGCAGUGAUUAUGUGGAUACGGCGUUAAAAGUAAUUCAGGAUUAUUAACAGCGUUAUAACAUGCUAUGGCAGGUUUAAUUGGAAAUACAACAGUGUACAUUUUAGGUGUGCACAUUUCAGAGCCUUUCCUGAAAGAAUUUCAUCCUAUUUUCAGUUUUGAAGUGAGUGGAAUAUAAGUAGUUGUGCAUCAUGACGUCUAAAGGCAUCUGAAUUUGCACAUUUCCUAAGUAUGUGACUCAUUAAAAGUGACGUAAAUCACCUCUGGGCCAGCACCAAACACAUAGAAGGAUGUGUUUUCUUCUUCCAAUUGUGGAACAGCACUCAAACAUAUGAAGAAUUUCUUUGUGGACCCAUUGCACAUCAUGUUCUGGAGAAUUUCAUCCUAAAACGACUUGAUAAAGUCACCCUUUGAGGUGUCCAGCUUCUCCUUCUAAUUAUUUAUUGUCUGAAAGAAAACCUUUUUGUCCUGCAAAUAUGGGCCCAUUCAUGUCUCCAUUUAAUAACCUGCUAUGCAUGCUGCUGGGCAUCUCUUUCACUGUCUGGUUCACACUGCUUUUGGUCUUCAUCAUUGUUCCCGCCAUUUUUGGUCUGUCCUUCGGCAUACGUAGGCUCUACAUGAAGACGCUGCUGAAGGUGUUUGAGUGGGCCACACUGAGGAUGGAAAGAGGAGCCAAGGAAAAGAACCAUCUUCUAUACAAGCCUUACACUAAUGGCAUUAUUGCUAAAAAGCCCACGUCACUGGAGGACGAGCUCAAAGAGAUUCGGCGAAAUGUCAGAAACCGAGAGUUGGAUGGCCACAAAGUUGGCUUCCCCACCACACGCUCCGCCCCUUACUCCUCAGAGUUUGAAAUGUCAGACACCUUCUACUUUUUCCGCCGUGGCAUUGAAAGCAUUGUAGACGACGAGGUUACCAAACGUUUCACGGCAGAGGAGCUUGAGUCGUGGAACCUGUUGACCAGAAGCAACUAUAACUUCCAGCAUAUCAGCACUAGACUGACUGUACUGUGGGGUCUUGGAGUGAUCAUCCGUUAUGGCUUUCUGCUGCCUCUCAGGUUGACAUUAGCAGUCACUGGAGUGAGCCUAUUGGUUGUCUUCACCACCAUUAUUGGUCUUCUGCCCAACGGGAGGAUGAAAAAUGUACUCAGUGAGAAAGUGCACCUAAUGUGUUACCGUAUCUGUGUGAGAGCACUGACGGCUAUCAUCACGUAUCAUCACAGCGAAAAUAAGCCCAAGAAUGGAGGCAUCUGUGUCGCCAACCAUACGUCACCCAUCGAUGUCAUUAUUCUGGCCAGUGACGGGUACUAUGCCAUGGUGGGUCAAAUCCAUGGCGGACUGAUGGGUGUGAUUCAGAGGUCCAUGGUGAAAGCAUGUCCACACAUCUGGUUUGAACGCUCUGAAGUGAAAGAUCGCCAUCUAGUGGCGAAAAGAUUGAGCGAUCAUGUCAAAGAUAAAACAAAACUACCCAUCCUCAUUUUCCCUGAAGGGACCUGCAUUAAUAACACAUCAGUGAUGAUGUUUAAGAAAGGAAGCUUUGAAAUUUGCUCUACUGUCUACCCUGUCGCCAUAAAGUAUGACCCUCGGUUUGGUGAAGCCUUUUGGAACAGCAGUAAGUUUGGGAUGGUGAAUUACCUGCUUAGAAUGAUGAGCAGUUGGGCUAUUGUCUGCAGUGUCUGGUACCUGCCUCCCAUGACCCGCCAGGAAGGUGAGGAUGCAGUGCAGUUUGCUAACAGAGUAAAGGCCGCCAUCGCUAGACGGGGUGGUAUGGUGGACCUGCUGUGGGAUGGUGGGUUGAAACGAGACAAAGUGAAAGACACUUUCAAAGAGGAGCAACAAAAACUGUACAGCAAAAUUUUGGUUGGAACGCAAGAGGACCGCAGUCGUUCCUGAGGAGAGAAGGAUGAAUCAGGUGAGGAGCAGAGGGCAAGAGAAUUUCACAGGCCUGGUGGAUGUUAUUAUGACCCUGAUUUAGAUCCAAUUAAAAAAAAAACGUCCUUGUUUAAUUGUUCCUCUGUUUCAAAGGGAAUGAGUUUGGUAACUGUUGGGUCAAGUCAAUGAAGUGAGUGCUUCAGCCCAUUGUGGCCUGAAUGCUCAUUGUCAAGGAGUCAUUGAGACGUUUUUCUCUCCUUUUCAUUUGUUCGUGGUUUGUUUGUAAUGUUGUUACCUUGUGUGUGGAUCUUUUGUUAUUUCUUUUAUCUUUUCUCAUUAUUUACUUUAUUGCUUUUUUGACAUCAAUGAUGGUAAUCAUUAGGACAUUCUAAAAGAUUAAAUGUGAUGGCAGUGUUGUAUGCCCUUUGUGCAUGCAGUUAGUUCUGUACAGUUGGGUCCCAAAGUCUUUAAUUUAAUACAUCAUUUUUAUUACAAAUUACAUUAUCAGCAUAACAAUUUGAGUGAGAAGUUGAAUUGAAACUUUUGAAUUUUUAAAUUUCUUACGACGUCACCAUUUUGCCUUAAUGACAGCAUGCACUUUAGGUGGCAUGGACUCCACAGGAUAUGAUCCAUGUCACCCAGCAUGAAAGUGGAAGAAAGAAAUCAAACUUUUUGUGCAAAGGAGUUAGCAUGGUCAGUGUCACAAAUAUGCAUACAUUUGACCUAGAACAAAUUCUUUGAUUACAAUUUUUUAAAAAGCAGAAUCUGUCCUGUUGAGGUUUAAAUAAAAAAAAAAAGAAAAUGCCAGAUUUUCACUGCAGUCAAAGACAUUUGGACCCCACUGUACUGUAGGUACUUUCGGCUAAAGCCUUCACACACUUCCCUUCAUGUCUGUCUGCCAAAUCUUUGCUGCAUGAGUCACUUUAAUCCAGUAGAUUUUGAAAGGAGGGUAAAUCAGCAUUAUGUGUGGGAAAACCUGCCAUUUAUUUUGAAGAGAUUAAGGUUAUACUUAAGGUUUAAAUUUCUUUAGAUUAAAUUAAAACCAGACUUUGCAGUGUUUCAACAAUGCUACAAAACAUGUAUAUGCAACUCUAAAACCCUUAUGAAUCUCUGAAACUAAACUGUUUAUACUGAGGUGUUUUAGCAAUAUGAAAUCCUGUAUGUAUUUUUUUUCUCUGUUGUUUCUAUGCGGAUAGAAUUGUGCCACAGGCCUUUCCUUGUAUUUCAGAACUACAGUAAUGUGAAUUCCUUUGACUGUGUUUGGUUAAAACCACUGAUGAACACAUUGUGUGUUUAGUUCAAAAGUUCAAGUGAUGCGGAGUCGCAUUUGUACAGCAUGUGAGGGUGAGAAUGCAGUUUCUGAAUCAUUUUAGCUUUUAGUAUAGUCAUGAUCAUUUCAAUAAGUCAGCAAAAAGAGUAUUAUUACUCUUUAACCCUUAAAUGCAUGGGCAUUUUGCCAAACAUUAUUGCAUACCUCAGGUCUUUAGCGCUAUUGCACUUAUAUCUAUCCAAAAAGGUUCAACAAAAUUCAGUAUUUCCCAACUAAAAUGUUAUGAGACUCAACUGUCUGUCAAAUGCAUAUUGAAGCACACAACACAGAAGCUAACCAAAAGCUUACACAUAAGAGUCUUUUUUACACAUUUUAGUCCUGCUAUUCAUAAGAAUAUCUGAUCCAACUUAAUCUUAUUAGUAUGUGCUAUCUGGCGAAUUCGGGGUUUUAUGGUGAAGGCAUGGUUCAUGUUGUUACUUGACUGGAUAAUAACCCAAUACAACCCUAUUAAUACACACACACACACACACACACACACACACACACACACACACACACACACACACUAUUAUAUGUUACAGAUGUAACUCGCAUGUUGUGCCCAAAUAAUUUAUCAUAUUCUCACAGAUUUUCACUCAAGAAUUUCACACUAUUGGGCUGAAAUGAAAAACAUUCAAUCUGCUGUACUUUAAGCUUUGUAUUUAAAGCAGAUGAUCAGGUGUAUUCUACUUUUAAAUGAAUUACGUACUUACUUUCCAUCCAUUAAGUAUCGGUAUACUCCAGUUCUUCUGUCUUGAGCAUCAGUCAAAAUGGGGGAGGGGUAGUCCACUGCAUGCAAAAUCUGAGGUAUUGUUUGGGAAACAUGGCCAUAAUGAUGGUCAGGACAUUUCUGAUUUCCAAAAGUUGGUAGGGACAUGUCCCUAUCAUCCCUACCUAAAUUUACGCCUAUGGUUCACCACCAUUGUGCAAAAAAUCAUGAUAUAAUAGUAAUUUUUAUGAAUAUGGCACUAAUUAAUAAAGAAAUUGAUAUUCUGUGACAGUAAUUACCGCAGAUUACCACAUUUUUGGUGAUGUGGACGAAAACACUGAACCCAGCCAUACAAAUGUAAUCAGAUAUAAAACGCAGAAUGUUAUGGAAUUUGACAUAUUUGGUAUCAAAAAUAAAAUGUUUGAAUGUACAAUUAAUCCUAGUGUGUUUAUUAAACUGCAAAAGGCUGAGAUUUAAUUAAAUGUACGUAUAUAUAAUCUGCAUGUGCUGCACGCUUCACAAUUAAUUUGUGAAGCAGGCCACUAAUUCACUGGCAACACAGAUUCAUUAACAUUGCAUGCUGUGUGUGUGUGUGUGUGUGUGUGUGUGUGUGUGUGUGUGUGUGUGUGUGUGUGUGUGUGUGUGUGUGUGUGUGUAGUAGAUGAAAGAAAUCAGAUCGCUCCAAAGCGCACUGAACAUACAGACUCUAAAUUUGUUUAAAUAAAUCAGUUUUUUGGGGUUUAAUAAUCAAUCUGGCCACAUAGCAAACUGCUAAUCUGGAAGUGAGAAACUACCAUCAAAAACACACAAAUGGAAAAAUAAAAGCUUGAUUUAAAUGGAUGUGUGUAAUGGGGAAAAAAGAAAACAAUAUUUCACUUACAAUAAAGUAAUAUAGUAAUUUUAACAUUUUGAUGUGUAAAACAUUUUCGAAUACAGAAUAAAAAAAAAUAAGUAUUCAAUAACCACAACUGCAUCACCUCUUGUGUUUUUGCUUCAAUAUUAUUAUUAGGCACAGAAAAUGUCCUGGUUAAAUUGUGCCUUGAAAAGAGCGGGAACACUGAUCCUAACUAUGCACGAUUAUAGUUAGUGCCAUUUUAUUAUUUGCAUGUAGCACUGAUUUUUCCCUGCUGUCUUCAUCUCUGUCAGAACAGACCUCUAAUUCAUUUUUGGAUCACGAGAUGCAGCACAACCAUCAAAGAUGUCAUCAUAAUGAAUGUUUAAAGAAAAACACUGGAAAAGCAGAUCAGACAGUCGCAAAAACUGUUUGGACAGUUUUAUGUGUUGAGGGGACAGAGUUGAACAAUUGUAAUAACACUGCCAGUGAUUUGACUUCUGCCAAGCCCCCAAACAACACCUUGCCAGUACGUCCACUCACUGGUUGUGGAGUGAUACAGUAUAAUAUGCUCCAGUGUGUUACAGUCAUAUGU